AGUUGCAAGUACCUGAUGAUACAGCGGCUCUCUUCGGCAUCUAGACACCUUCAUAUGAUCCCGCGAUAAGAGAUAACAUCAUAUAGCAUCAUCGUACCUGUCACACGCACGUCGACUAGCGCGGCGAUCGCCAGGCUGCCCCGCACGCUGAUUGGCUGCCUCGCAUCUGACUCCUUGAGGCUGCGACCUGGACCUCAAUACCUCCUCGACUUGCUCUUCUUCAUGAUACUCACACACCUAUAUUCUUUUUGAACCUGUUUCGGGGGGUUUGUUCGGUAUUCCUAAUAUCUAGAUUGCAAACAUGUCGAGUUCCAUUGCUAUCCCCAAGCGCAAGACCAAGCAGCUCGAGCGAGCGAGCGAGUCGGUCGGCAGCAGCGCGAGCAGUCCCGGCAGUUUCCAGCAAUCCACAUACGGCAGCUUCGAGGCCAGCAGUCUACAAUCGGGAAAUAAGGCGAGGAGACCGAGUCUCAUGUCUGCAUCGUUCUCAAAAGCCGAACAUACGGUUGUCAACGUUGGGGAUGCGGAGUUUCCGCGGCUGAUUACUUGUGUCAAGGCCAGUCAGGGCUUUGACUGGAAUCAGGAAAUGUUCCUACCCAGCUACGCCGACUUCCACUUCGAUGACCUCGAGCGCCGACAGGAUCCUGUGCAGGAUAUCGUGGUUACGGAUGAGGAGGUUAAGAAUAUGUUUCCGUCUUCGUGAAGGCGAGCACUGUCAUGGGUUUAGGGGAAGGGAGGCACAUUUUAAUGGGGUUGCGGCGUAGAUACGAUCAUUCAUGGGGCAUGGAGCAUGGAGCAUGGAAUUGACACUUACGGGCUGCGGGCGUUUUGAUCAAGGGUUCCGCGAUGAGGCGUUAUUGUGUCUGAGAGGCUUAUGUACAUUGCACUCGAGACUAUACAAUAUAUUAGAUUUAACAUCAGC